AAACGGCCGCCAUUCGUGUUGUGUUAUACGGCGUGUUUACUUCGUAAGUUACGUUUAACUCGUGUAAAUAGUUUGCGCGUGUACGAUUGCCUUACCGUGCGUAAUUAUCACGUAAUUAGCGCGAAAUCAGUAUCGAAAAAUAUGAAGAGAUCGCCGUUGAGUACGCCACGUGGUUUUCGGGGACACGGCCCGCGGCAAGCGCCGUACAACUGGAAAUCGCAGAACGCGAACAGUAGAGGUUAUCACUCCGCGGGGAACGAGAGCUGUCAGCGUUUCGUCGUGGACAAUGAGGCGCAGCCACGCGGGAAUGAUUUUAUUCCUCUCAACGUUAGCACGCCGGUAACGCAACACGAGAAACAUGGCGCGAGAAACUGGCACAGCCCUGCGGGUGGGCACAAUAACGUCAGUCCUCGAGGAUGGCAUAAUUACCGAGGUAAUUAUCAUGGCAAUCCGCGAUUAAAUUCGAGUAAUCGAGGUAAUUCGAGGUACGCGGCGUACAAGCAUCCCGGCAAGAAGUUUCAUGGACAAAAUAAAAUGGGUUAUAAAUCUGCACACAGGCAACAUGACAUAUCAGUAUACGUAGAUGUAAAAUCUAUGUUAGGAGAUCCUUGGGCAGAUCUAGUCAAAAACCUGAAUGACUCGAAAGAUAAGAGUACAGAUGAAACGCCCAAGACCGAAUCUUCUUCGUUUAACACAACGUUGACUGAUUGCGACUCCACAAAAGAAUCUGAAAGUAAACUUUCAGAGGAUACCAAUUUAGAUAAUUUGCAGUGCAAUCAGGAUUCUAGGAACGUGUCUCCCGUAGAGACGAGCUUUGAGGAUACGAAUCUCCCUGAAACAUCUGUGUCGGAGAUCAAUAUUUCGACGAGUUCAAAAACUGAUGAUGAUACUUGCUCUAAUCAGAAUUCAGUAGACGAGAGUGCAUGUAACGUUAACGAGAAGGUUUCUGAAAACGCGCAAGAAGAGAAUACUGCUCAGUCGAACGUAUCAGUGAUGGAUUCUGACGAUAAAAAUAUAGAGCAGUGAUAGAAGAGCAAGGUACGUAGACAGAAUUUCUACGUGUAUCUCUUCUUCUACAUAUGUAUCUCUAUAUACUUGUAUAUAGACUGUAUGUAAAGUGAUUCUGACUUUAAGGCUUUUACAGCUAUUUCUUACGUCGGUACUGAUGACUUCCAGAUAAAUACUGCGUUCUAUGACAGCUUGAUACCGACGUUUCGCAGACAUUACCAGUAUCGAAGCUUAGCCUUAAUGAUACGAACUGCAAUGUUUGCGAAACUCUGUCGGCAUCAAGCUGUCAUGGAACGCGUUAUCUAUCCGGAAGCCAUCAGUACUGACGUAUAUAAAGUGUUUUUAAAAGAUGCAAUUAUCUUUUUUGGGAGAGUAGAUUAUAAUAAUUUAUGAUAGAUAAUCAUAAAUUUGUAUCUAACAUGAAUAUAAGAUAUAUAUAUAUACAUAUAAUUUUAUCUUGCUAUAUUUUCACAAUCUGGCUGUGAAAAAUAUAAAUGUAAUUCUAAUGUGUAUAUAAUGUGCAUAUUAUAUGUGCAAUGUUACAGUACAUAUUAACUUUAUUAAGUGUGUAAGAACUUGGAGAGAACUUGGAACAGUAAACCACCAAUCUCUCACUAAUAGAUUAAGUUAAAUUUGUUAAUGAGAUUAAGAGAAAAUUAAGGGAAAA